AUGGACAAGGCGUGGAUGAAAUUACCAAGAUAUAGCCCAGAAUACAUUAAUGGUGUUGAAGUUUUUCUAAAUUAUGCGUACACAAAAGGAAACCCCCAAGGAGUAGAGAUUUUGUGCCCUUGUGCUAAAUGCCACAAUGCUUUUUGGAGGACAAGGGCAGUGGUGCUUGAUCAUUUAAUUGGAUACGGAUUUGAAAAAGGAUAUGAUGUUUGGGUUCGUCAUGGUGAGGGGCUAAUAAACCUGAUGGAUCUCAAUGGUGAUAUGGAUGAUAGAGAGGAUGCAAUUGAUGAUAUUGAUGGACUAUUGUAUGAACAAUUUAGAGAUGUGGCACAAGAAGAAAAUGGAGUUGGUGAAGGCCCUAAUGAAGAUGCUAAAAAGUUCUAUAAUCUACUUGAAGAUGCAAAGCAAGAGUUGUACCCGGGUUGCAAAAACUUCACUAAAUUGUCAUUCACUAUUCGACUGUAUUUGUUGAAGUGCCUUCAUGGUUGGAGUAAUGCAUCUUUCAAUGCUUUAUUAGUGCUGUUGAGAGAAUCUAUGCCUCAAUUGAAUAUUCCCGAUUCAUUAAACAAAACUAGAGGCAUGAUAAGGGAUUUGGGGCUUGAUUAUAAAAAGAUUGAUGCUUGCCCUAAUGACUGCAUGCUAUAUUGGAAAGAUCAUGAGAAUGACACCUCUUGCCAUGUUUGUGGAGCUCCACGAUGGAUUGAGAAUGUUGAAGGAGAUCGCCAACUUGAGGAAAAUAAGAAAGCUUACAAAAUUUCUGGUAAAGUUUUGAGACACUUCCCCUUGAUUCCUAGGCUUCAAAGGUUAUUUUUGUGUUCAAAGACAGCUGGCUCAUUAAGGUGGCAUGAAGAGGAGCGUUCAAAGGAUGGAAAGUUAAGGCAUCCCGCGGAUGGAGAGGCGUGGAAAGACUUCGAUAAAUGCCAUCCUAACUUUGCCAAUGAUUCAUGA